AUGUUGAUGUAUGUUGAGCCAAAAGGUCUGGACAAUGCCACCAUUAACGCCAAUAACCUGCCCAUUGAUCCUCUCACUGGCAUCGCAAGCCAAGAACCCAACAAGGGUAACCUCAUCCUUGGUCUGACCAAUCCUUCCAUGUGGGCAAUCCUCAUUCGCUCUUCAAAUGCUCCUCAUCAGUCCCAUCAAGGUGGGAUACUUUGGAUCGAGCACACCAGCACAAUGUACAAGGAUAUGAAUCUUUGA